AUGUAUGGCUUCGAUAGUUCUUUCAAUACUGUGUUUGUCGUGUAUCUAUCAAUUGAACAAGGAAGCUUGAGAUAUAUCCUCGCCAGCAACAAUGUCACUUUAUCUUGGGACAACCAAAUCUCCAUAGUUGUUCAAGUGGUGAGGGGACUGGCUUUUUUGCAUAGUGUGCCAAUGGGAUUUAUACCCUGUUUUAAGGAUGCUAAUAUCCUCCUAGGCCGGGAUUUUAAUGUCAAACUGUCAGGUUUUGGCAUGAAAAGUUUGGGGCACAAAUCUAGGAAUAUACUCCCACGUGUGCUGUAUUUACCUCCCGAGUAUCCUCAUCCUGUUUAUAACUUCCCACAAGGCCACCGUUCACCCAACAAUCAAUAUCAACAAGGAAUUCUGGUCUUCCAAUCAAUGGCUCUUUUCUCAACCAUUCCAAGCUAUGAAAACUCACUCCUCCUCAGAAACCCUAAUAUUGGUCUCAACAAAAGUCCUAGACCUAGAACAUCAAAUGGUAGCCUCAGGCUCAUUUCCUUGAAGAUUAGGGCCACUCGUACACAAGUUGCUGACUCAUCUUCAGUCCAACCAUUGCUCACCAAACCACUUGAAAUUACCCAAUUGCCCAUAUUCCAAUUUGAUGAGUACCUGUCCAUGAAGGCAAAGAAGGUGGAGCAAGCUUUGAAUGAGGCUGUGCCUUUGCAAUACCCCAAGAAAAUCCAUAGGGCAAUGAGGUACUCACUUUUAGCCGGCGGAAAGCGUGUGCGUCCAGUUCUAUGCCUUGCUUCGUGUGAAUUAGUUGGAGGGGAUCAGUCUCUUGCAAUCCCAACAGCUUGUGCCGUUGAAAUGAUCCACACCAUGUCACUUAUUCAUGAUGAUCUUCCUUGCAUGGACAACGACGAUCUUCGUCGCGGAAAGCCCACAAACCACAAGGCUUUUGGGGAAGAAACCGCUAUUUUAGCCGGUGAUGCCCUCCUCUCCCUUGCCUUUGAGCACAUAGCGGCUAAGACCACAAAAGUGGUCUCCCCUGAACGCGUGGUUCGGGCCAUUGCCGAGCUUGGUUCAGCCGUAGGGUCAUCAGGCCUCGUGGCGGGUCAAAUUGUCGACGUUUUGAGUGAAGGUAAAGAAGUGACACUAGAAGAAUUGGAGUACAUACAUGUGCAUAAAACCGCGAAGCUCCUUGAGGCUUCGGUGGUUUGCGGGGCAAUAAUUGGAGGAGGGAAUGAAGGUGAGGUAGAGAGGAUGAGGAAGUAUGCAAGGUGCAUAGGGUUGUUGUUUCAAGUUGUUGACGACAUUUUGGAUGUGACAAAGUCGUCGAAGGAAUUGGGAAAGACGGCUGGGAAGGACUUGGCAAGCGAUAAGGCGACAUAUCCAAAGCUCAUGGGCAUUGAAGGGGCAAAGAAUUUUGCUGCUAAGUUGGUGGCUCAAGCAAUAGAAGAGCUUGCUCAUUUUGAUGCUGCUAUGGCUGCCCCAUUAUAUUGUUUAGCCAACUACAUUGCCAAUAGACAGACUUAG